AAGCACUGAAGGAUCUUCAAAGUCAUUAGUGACAAAAGGAUGAUGUUUCAUGUCAAGAAGUAUGUAGAAAAGUACAUGGCUUUGAAGAAAUCCCAGAAAAAAAAUUGAAAUUGGUUAUCUUGAGACAAGAAAUAAAUUUGAGAAAUCAAUGACAGGAUUAUUUUGGGCUGGAGAAGACAUUACGCUUCUUGAACGUAGUUUAAAGACUGAUAGGCUAAGACUGGAAGCAGAUAAGAUUGAAGAUUUAACCUUCAUACGGGACCAGCUAAGUUGCUGAAAGAUGGUGGUUGGAGCGUUGGACGGUCGGUUUGUAGAUGUUAGUAAUAGAUCUGCAUCAAGAAAUAACUCUAAAACCUCUGGUAUAGUAAAAAAAACUUUCCAUGAUUUCUCCGGAUUUUCCUCUGAAAGUGAAAUGAUUACUGAUGACUCUAAUGAUACAUGUUCCGAAGAUGAUUUUAAGAUUGGUAACGCAUCAACGAAGAAGACAGUUAAAAGUAUGACUCUAAAGAUACCAAAAGACAUUUUUUUUAAAAACUGCCAGAACUGCUAUUGGGAUGGGAAUAUCUACUAACCAGGCAACAGCACUUAUCUCUUCUUUUCUUUGCAAUGCCAGUGAAGAUAUAGAAAAUGUAACAUUAUCCCACAGCUCAACUCACAGGAUUUUUGAUAUAAUAAUAAGAAAUGAUGCUGGUGUUCUUAGAGCAAACAUAACCAGUAUGGUUAAGACGAGCGGCAAACCCAUCAUUAUGCCUUUUGAUGGCAAAAUUAUCAAAGAUUAUACGGGUAGCAUAGAUGAGACAAAAGACCGAAUUUGUGUGCUUAUAAGGCAUGACAAUCAGACCCAUCUGUUAGGCGCUCCAGGGUUGGAACACGGCAGUGGUGAGGCUCAGUUCACAGCAACUCAAAAUCUAUUAGAUUCUUUUGAUCUAGGGCAGUUCAUCCACGGAGUUUGUUUUGAUACCACUGCUUCAAACACUGGCUAUUUAAAAGGAGCUUGUGCAAGAUUAGCUAAUUUUCACGGCCGACCAUUGCUCUUGUUAGCCUGCCGCCAUCAUGUAGGAGAGCUCCAUAUAAAACACUUUUGCAAUGAAGUUGCAGUAAACAAAUCUGUUGGACCAGAGAAUCAACUAUUUAAAUUUCUAAAGCAGAACUGGCAUGGUAUUGAUGCAAACAACGAGAAAAUGCUGUUGAAAUUUAAUCACCAGAAUGUUAAGAAUACCAGGUUGGAGACGCAGGCUCUAUUGGCGCUAAAAACUUGCAAGGACCUGAUAGAUAAAAACAAGUUAAGAAAUAAUCAGGAACGGUUAGAACCAAAUUUAAAAUCCUUUCGGAUAGCAGUUUUGUUGUUUUAUAUAGAUCAACCAUUAGGUCUUGAAUCAUAUAUUUCGCCAGAUUCCUGGUUAAUUUUUGAUAUCCUAUGUCAUACUUCUGAAAAAUGUCUAUGGAUGAAACUCCCUCAGAUUUUUUGGAAAGAAUUUCCAGGAUACAAUGAGUUUCAAAGCUUCGUAAAAUCUGUCGAAGUUGUUAACGACUCAUCAGAACGUGCAGUAAAACUCAUUCAAGAUAAUGUAGAGCGUGCGAAGAGCGAGGAAAAACUUCAGAACCUUCUCCAAAUGAAAAACUCUUGGAAAAGCCAUUUAAAAAGACGAAGAAUGGAUACAAGGAGUCAGUUACAACGCCUGCUCACUCGCUACUGGCUGUGA